CAAUGGCUGGAAGUUGGGGUUUGGGUCAGAUUUUGGCAGUUUGUGCUUUGUGUCAGAUUUUGGCAGUUUGUGCUUUGUGUCAUGCUGUUCCUCAGCGGAAUGAUCUGCCCCAGAACACUCAAGCUCUGAUGUUCCAGCAGACUGACCAGCAGUUUCAGAAGCCAGUUCAACAGCAAACUGACCAGUGGUUUCAGAAGCCAGUUCAACAGCAGACUGACCAGCGGUUUCAGAAGCUAGUUCAACAGCAAAUGCCAGUUCAAAAGCAAACUGACCAGUUGUUUCAGAAGCCAGUUCAACAGCAGACUGACCAGCGGUUUCAGAAGCUAGUUCAACAGCAAACGCCAGUUACACAGCAGACUGACCAGCGGUUUCAGAAGCUAGUUCAUCAGCAAACGCCAGUUCAACAGCAAACUGACCAGUGGUUUCAGAAGCCAGUUCAACAGCAGACUGACCAGCAGUUUCAGAAGCCAAUUCAACAGCAAACUGACCAGUGGUUUCAGAAGCCUGUUCAACAGCAAAUGCCAGUUCAACAGCAAACUGACCAGCGGUUUCAGAAGCCAGUUCAACAGCAGACUGACCAGCGGUUUCAGAAGCUAGUUCAACAGCAAACGCCAGUUCAACAGCAAACUGACCAGUGGUUUCAGAAGCCAGUUCAACAGCAGACUGACCAGUGGCUUCAGAAGCCAGUUCAACAGCAGACUGACCAGUGGCUUCAGAAGCCAGUUCAACAGCAGACUGACCAGUGGCUUCAGAAGCCAGUUCAACAGCAGACUGACCAGCAGUUUCAGAAACCAGUUCAACAGCAAACGCCAGUUCAACAGCAGACUGACCAGUGGUUUCAGAAGCCAGUUCAACAGCAAACGCCAGUUCAACAGCAAACGCCAGUUCAACAGCAGACUGACCAGUGGUUUCAGAAGCCAGUUCAACAGCAAACGCCAGUUCAACAGCAGACUGACCAGUGGUUUCAGAAGCCAGUUCAACAGCAAACGCCAGUUCAACAGCAGACUGACCAGUGGCUUCAGAAGCCAGUUCAACAGCAGACUGACCAGUGGUUUCAGAAGCCAGUUCAACAGGAGACUGACCAGCGGUUUCAGAAGCUAGUUCAACAGCAAAUGCCAGUUAAACAGCAAACUGAC